AUGGACAUGGGAGGCACAAAUUUUCGAGUUUGCAAGGUUGAGCUUCUAGGCAGUGGUAAAUACACCACUACGCAGAUGGACGCAAAGAUACCCGAGACAAUAAAGUCUGGAACUGCUCAACAGUUGUGGCUCUUUAUUAUUCAAUGUUUGCGGAAAUUCGUGGAUUACCAUGAAAUUCCGACUGAUGAGCUACAGAAGAUCCCUCUGGCAUUCACAUUUUCUUACCCAGUCACACAGACAUCGGUCACAAACGGGAUCCUCCAAAGAUGGACAAAAGGUUUCGACAUUAGUGGGGUCGAAGGACAUGAUGUUGCUGCUGAACUUCAGCGCGCUUUGUACGAAAAUGCAAGUCUACCAUGCACGUCUGGUUUGCCUCUUGAGAUAGUAGCAUUGGUUAAUGACACAACUGGUACUCUCAUGGCAUCUUCGUACGUGGAUAAGGACACCUAG